CGUCCUAAUGACGUUACAAUCGCGACGUGUUGACGUUUUAGAAGUUUCGCUUCUUUUCUCACUUUUUAUAUACGUGUCAACUAAACUUUGCGCGUCUGGCCUUUGAGCCUCUAAUCUUAGGAAAAACUGACAAAUAACUAUUAAUCAAAUAAAAUGGCACCCAAACAGAGAAUGCGCAUCGCUAACGAAAUUGCAAGCAAGAACAUCACUAUGCGAGGCAAUGUACCAAAAACAACGAAGGAAAAAGAUGACCAGUAUCCUGUAGCGCCAUGGUUACUUGCUCUCUUUAUCUUUGUAGUGUGCGGAUCUGCGGUCUUCCAAAUUAUACAAUCAAUCAGGCUCGCCUAAUCCUUGUAACCUUCCGACUGAUAAUUUAGUGUCCAGUGUUAAGGUGCUUGUGGCAUUACCAUCUUUGCAGCAUAAUCUUCUAGAAGCUCCUAGAUAUCCUAACCUAAAAUUUUAUGUGCCACAUGUUCCUUUGUGUCCGUUUUUGUAAUUAGAAAAUUAGACCCCAUUGUGACCCUAUUACCUUCUGGUCUUCAUCUUCCAAUCAAUGCAGGUCUACUAGAAUAUAUAAUCUCAUAUAAACAUAUUAAUGUUACUAUAUUCUUGUA